AGCCUCUGUUCAUUAAAUUAUCAGAUUUAGGUGUUGAAUUACUAGUCUUGGUUUAUAAUGAUGCUUAUUUUGUCAACAAAGAUUAGAUUUACUAGUGGUUUUUGGGAGUUAUUUCAUCUGUAAAAAAUAGAAGGAUAAGAAAAAUACAAGUAUCGUAUAACUCAUACAGUAUUUUUAAUGAGUAAUAAACUAUAUACAAUUGACGGUUUUCAAUUAAAAGUAUGGAAUAGGUGUGGUAGUGCUGUUUAAAAGACUGUAAAAAUUUCUUAAAUAAUAAACCAUUUUAACAAUGUUGUAUUCUUUUAUAUUAAUUUCUUUGGCUGUUUCGAUCUCAUUUCAACAAGAUCCUUCACUAGACACAAAUGCAUGGUUAGAAAAGUAUGACAAAUAUAGGAAGGUAAUUGAAGAAAAUACUGAGAUAACCAAUGAAGAUAAUUUAACUCCAGAAAUUCGUCUCCAUUUAAUCACUCCAAAGAGCAGACUAUGGAAUGCGAAAACUCAAGAUUCGCCAUUUAAAGACAGUCCCUUUUUUGCAUUUUAUUGGGCUGGUGGUCAGGGGUUAACCAGAUACGUUUUAGACCACCCAGAAAUAGUGAGGGGACAGAGAGUGUUGGAUCUAGGUAGUGGUUGUGGAGCCACCGCUAUAGCUGCUGCGAGGUGUGGUGCCAAGUCGGUCACUGCCAACGACAUUGAUCCUUUGCGAUGUUUACUGACAGAAAUGAAUGCUCGGUUAAACAAAGUGGCUGUCAACGUAACUGACACCGACCUUAUCAGCUCUAUGAAGAUAGGAACUGCAGAGGACUGGAAUGUUGUGCUGGUGGGUGACAUGUUCUAUGAGAACCCUCUUGCAGACAAAUUAGUGAAGUGGUUGCGGAGUGCGAAGCUUGCAGGGAAGUUUAUUUACAUCGGGGACCCAGGGCGGUAUCUCUUCGUCACCACCAAGGACAGGCCUGGAAAUUUUUUCGCCCAUAUAAUCAGAUACAAGUUGGGAAUGAAAAUGUUCCAAGACCAUGGAGUCGUUGAUACAGAUGUGUGGAAAUUGUUUCAUCUCUCCUGAUGUAUAAAAGUGCUGCAAAAGUACUUAGAAUCGUACAACUACAAAAUUGAUUUUAGUUUAAAAGAGAUCAAGUUUUGUGUGUAAAUUAUUUUGUACUGUUAGAAGUACUUCUGCAUCAAACACAGCUUUUACUCACUAUACUCUUAAAUUAUAUACUCUUUUUAGUAUUUUUAAACUCUUAAUACUUUCUAGAGGUUUACAACUUGCUUGUUGUAUUAAGAACUGCUACUUUAUGGUAUGCUUCUUCUGAAGAUUUGUUUGUCAGUUCCUUUUGAGUCCAAUAGUAUAAUGAACAUGGAUGGACAAUGAAAUCUAGUGCUCUAAAAAACCUAGUUCCUUAUUUUAAUAAAACGGCUAAAUUUGAUAUGGAUCCCCAAAAUUUGAAUAGCUAAUGUUGCAAACAAGUAAAUUAGUUUUGAAUUUGUUUCUAUCAUCUAUCCUGGAAAUUGGUAGCUAAAUAAAAAUAUACGAGUUGAAAAAAGUUUUCAUACAUAUGUGUAAAAUUCAAAACAAAAACAUGGGAUGCAUGGUUGGUACAUUUAUGCAUCAAUUAUCCACUUUUUAUGCCCCAUGUGUUUGUUUGGAAUUGUACAAGUAUUUUCUUAUGUGGUAAAAUUAAGUGUUAUAACAUUUUAGUAAAUUCGGAAUAGGAUUAUGGAUCUGUACGAUGUAGGGAAAAUUAUUUUACUCCAUUUAAAAAACAUGUUUUUAGAAAAGGUUUUUAUUAACAUCAUUACUUAAAGUUGAUGUAAUUUAUAGCAUUAAGAAAUCAUAUCGCUAAUUUAACACUUGAUAAAAUAAACUAUUGGCUGAAAGUGCUCAGUGUCUGAAAGCAAUUUUAAAAUUCAGUUUGGUUUGAAUUUUAAAAGAUUUUUUUACCAGUAAAAAUGGAACUUUUAUCACUUUUAAGUGUUUAUCAUUUCUGUUAGAAACACCCCCUCACAUUUUUUCAAAACACCAAACAAGUUCUAACAGAUACUAAGAAUUUCCUGUAUUUUUAUUGUAAAAAUAGUUGCUUUUAAGUCUAAUUUGUCAACAAAUAGAUUUUUUAAUUGGUUCAUUUUAUUUCUUAACUUUUAAUACAGAUUGUAUGCUAAAAUGUAUAUUUUUUUUUAGCAAUGUUUAAUGAUGUUUUAUAGUAAUUUCUUGUUCUAAUGUUAGUUUUAUGUACAUUAUAUUUAUUGAGAGAAAACAUGUAUCAAACAAUAUAAAACACUCUUAUGUUUUUCAUGUUAAUUGGUCGGUUAGUACAAACUAAACAUUUUAACUAAGGCUGUGUGU